AUGGGCAUGAGUGCUGGCAAGCAACACAAGGGACGCAUGCUUGAACCGUACAUACAGGUUGCUGAGGUCAUGACCUGUUCUCAAUUCAUUGGUCGUAUGUUCAAUUUAAGUUCCAAUGAAGCUAAAUGGGAGGUCAUUUUACCAUUCACGGAUGGUGAGAAUGUUGGACUUGACGUGCCGGCAUGUCUGCACGACUCCGAUAAUGACCUAUCCAGUUUAUACAUGAGCCGAGAGCUGCUGCCAGUGUCCCGCGACAACCUGACAUGUGCUCUUCAAGUUGACCUGAGAGGUGCCCCUGCUAUCGGCAGAAGAAGUCAACCUCAAUUUGGGCCACUGUUCCAAGCGCUAGCAAGAGCACCUCUCAGGUCAAUUCAAGAAGCACCUGUCAGGUUGUCGUGGGACACUGGGAGCAACUCUCAGUUCAUAUUUGGGCCGGUGCAAUUAGGCGAUCCAGCCUCGGAUGACCUGAGAUAUGCCAUCUAUCACACUCACGACAACCAGUAA